AUGACCUUUAUUUGUUUGCCCCACUUUUUAUAUCCCAACUACUGUGAUCCUAGUUUACCUGUUCAAUGUGACGCAUAUAAUUUGGGCCCAUAUUUUACGAAAACUUUUCGUCAAAUUUAUUGUAUAACACUUGAAAAUGCGGUACAUGGUAGCCGUGGAACUUGUUACUCAGAAUUAUAUGGUCUAACCCCUUUGGCCCAGCUGUCAUUUCUCACAUUGCGGCAAAGGAAAUUGAAGACUAACUUUAACGAAAUUUCGGUGCUCUUUUCAUUAGAGCGUAAUUCAUCAGUAUGUACGCGUUCUUAUUUCUUUCCAGCUUCUAAAGAUUUUUAUUUGCAAAUUUUGAUUUUGUACCCCUUUAUUUGUGUUUCUGAGGAAAUUGAAGAAGAGCGUAGGGAUAAUGGUCGAUUCACUUGUCGAUGGGAUGCCUUACAUGAAAGAAUGCCAGAUGCAGAUCCAUCACACAACAACUGCUUAAGGAAUGAGUUCUUAGGGAUAGGGUUAGUUUAUGUUGCAGAAUGUGUGAGAAUUUUAUGGAAAUACUGUGUACUCGAAGAAGCCAAACCGAGCGAGAACAAGUGGAAUGAAGCUGAACAAGCUUAA